CCAAUUUGAUUUAAAGGGGCACGGGAAGCCAUGUUGACAUGUUCGCAUUCACUUCUUCAGUUUGCAAGGUUAUCCUCGUGAAUCAGUCUGCCAAGAAACAUACAAUUUAGAAAAUAAAUGUCUCUUUGGAAAAUUCCCUGGUGAUAAACCAUAAAAGUGCGUGUAUUGGUGUUUUCCCCGUUGUACACACAUUAGCACAUCCGCUAACGCCGCCUUUCAUAUAAUGCAGCGACAUUACACGGGUUCGCUUUACAAGGAUGUUAGGAAAACAGGAUCGUCAUUAACUACACCAGAGUGUGAUUUUGUUUAUUCGUGGCCAUAUAACAUUUUCCUGAAGUCGUAAUUUGUUUUACACGUGGCAAAAUGAUUAUAUCGGGUUUGUUUUGUUAUCCAGAAAAGGCUAGCAGGCUAACGUUAGCCAGCUGCUGGUCUUUGCAGCAGGCCCUGUAAGAAAAAGGGAAACUUAAGGAUGCUGGAGCAGAACAAUGGAUUUCUCCUUCUCUUUCAUGCAAGGGAUCAUGGGAAACACAAUUCAGCAACCCCCUCAGCUUAUUGACUCCGCUAACAUCAGACAGGAGGAUGUCUAUGAAGCCAUCAGUGACCCAGGAGAUGAUGGAGGACAGCAAAACUUUGAGUCUCCUUUGGAGUCAGGCUUUCCUUACCCUGCUGAAGACCUCCCAGUCAUUACAAAUGGCUACCCGACCGGCGUAGGUACCUAUGAGCAACAGGCCAAGUUUGCCUUGUACUCACAGUUCCCCAAUGGCUCAGCUAAUGGCUACGGAGCCAUACGAAACUAUGGGGAUCACGGGUUGUUGCUUGGUGAGGGUACAGUAUUGAGACCUCCAGUGGUCCAUGAGAAGCCUCCAAGCCACAUCUCACCUCCACCUCAUCCCCAUCAUCACCACCAGCCUCAUCAUCCUCCUCACCAUCACCACCAUCAUCAGCAACAGCAACACCAACAUCAUCCACAUAACCCAUCACUGUUACCUCACCACCAUCACCCGCCUCCUGCCUCUCACCUAAUGCCUCAAGUCUUACCACCUCCUCCUCCAUUGCUCUUGCCCUCUUCGCCACCCCUCCUGUCACCUCAAGAUAGCACCGUCUCUAACCCCAUUGCGCAAUCCACCAACACUCCCAAAAAGACCAGCUCCCCAGAGAUCAAAAUAAAGAUCAUUAAGACCUACCAGAAUGGCAGGGAGCUGUUCGAAUCCUCACUGUGCGGGGAUCUCCUGCAAGAGUUUCAGGCCGGUGAGCCUUCCAGGAGAAGACAUGAGCAGAAGAAGGAAAAGAGGAAAAAGAGAAGCAGCAGACAUGGUGCCGGUCAAGAAGAGGAGAGCCAGCAGCCAUGCAGAGGCAUGGAGGAGUGCUCAGGGGUGGUUCACAACUCCACACAACCCAACGAAGGUCAUAUUGCAUUCAGAGAAGAGCAACCUUCUUCAGCCCUUAAAACCCCCAAAGCUGAACUGAAGGAACAGAUAGUUGAAAAGCACUUUCCUUCGGUCAUCACUAGCACUGGCUCUUGUCAAGAGUAUGAGAUCGGUGACUUGGUGUGGGCUAAGGUUGGGACGUAUCCUUGGUGGCCGUGCAUGGUGUCAUCAGACCCUCAGUCAAAUGUUCAUAUACGUCUUAAUAAAAGAGGUGUUAAGGAAUACCACGUGCAGUUCUUUGGCAGUGUCCCUGAGAGGGCCUGGAUCCAUGAGAAGAGAAUUGUGGUGUACAAGGGUGAGAGCCAGUUCGAUGAGUUGCAAGCAGAAACACUCCGGAAAGCAACCAACCCAACCGAGAAACAAAAGUUGCUGAAGCCUCAGUCCCAGAAGGAGCGUGCCCAAUGGGAAGUGGGUGUGGGUCACGCAGAAGCUGCUCUGCAGAUGACACGAGAAGAACGCAAUGAGAACUAUACCUUCAUCUACAUUGACAAGGAUCCUAGUUCUGCUGCUCCUGCUGCCGACACUGUGUCCCCACCUAGGGUGACUGCUAAAAACUGUCCCGAACGCAAGCAGAGACGCUCUAAAGGCAGUGCUGGAGUGAAAGAAGAGCCCAUACCUCGUCGCCAGCAGCCACGGAGGCAGUGCAGCAUCAAUAGUAGUGGGGAAACAUCAUCUCCCAAUCAGGGAGAGGAUGAUAUGGACCAAGAGCAACCCUGCAGCCCUGCAAAACCUGACCCCCAUCCGAAGGAACCCUCUCCACCUCCAGUCAGGACGCCCUGGAAGACCGCCGCAGCCCGCAAGCUCCUCCCACUCUCCAUUACUAUGAAGAAACUCAACGUGGAAAUCAUCAAAUGUGACUGGCAGCUCCCAAAGCAAAAGCUGGACUUACCUGAGAAGACGGAGAGUGAGGAGACGCCCAGCGAACAGGUUCAGUCACCUGAGGACUCCAGUGAUAAGGCAGAGGCAGAGACAUGUUCCAGUGAAGAAGAGCGAGCUGCGUCUCCCUCAGCCUGGAGUGACCAGGAAAGCACCGAGCAAACCACAGAGAGAAAGCAGCAGCGGCGAUCUGUACGAAGCCGCUCUGAGUCAGAGAAGACUGUGGAACCAGUGCCAAAAAAGAAAGUGAAGAAAGAACAGGCUGAAGCAGCACCUCAAAUGGAUUUCAAAACAGGGUCGCAAAAAGGUGCCAGUGAGAUCUCCGACUCAUGUAAGCCACUGAAGAAACGCAGCAGGGCAUCUACUGAUGUGGAGAUGGCCAGCUCACUGUACAGAGACACUUCUGACUCUGACUCCAGAGGUCUCAAUGAUCCACAGACUGGAUUCGGGAAGCGCUCGGACAGUCCGGCUGCAGUGGAUGCUGACGGAUCUGAUGCACAGUCCGUGGACUCCAGCCUGUCUCGUCAAGGAGGAAGUUCCUCAAAAAAGGACACAGUCUGUCACGUCUGCGAAACAUUCGGGGAUUCUCUGGUGAGCUGUGAGGGAGACUGUAACAGACUCUUUCAUCCCGAGUGUAUUGGAUCUAACAGUGGAACAGAGGGAGAACUCCUUUGUCAGGAGUGUAAGACAGGUUCCCACCCUUGUUUCUCCUGCAAGGUCACGGAGGGUGAUAUGAAGCGGUGCUCAGUGAAUGGCUGUGGCCGGUAUUACCACGAAACCUGUGCCCGCAAGUUCCCCGGCACCAACACCGACACUAGAGGCCUCCGCUGCCCUCAGCACAGCUGUGCUACAUGCUGUCUCGAUAGAGACCUUCACAAAGCGUGCAAAGGCCGCAUGAUGCGUUGCAUCCGCUGUCCGGUGGCGUAUCACACAGGAGACGGUUGUGUGGCGGCUGGCAGUCUGUUGAUAACACCCCACAUCAUCAUAUGUAGCAACCACUCCAGUGCCAGGAGGAACGGACACUGUUCCUCACCUGUAAACGUAGGCUGGUGUUUCAUCUGCGCUCGAGGGCUUUUAGUGCACGACCAUACUGACACCAUAUUAAGUUCAUAUACCUUUAAGUCGCACUACCUUCUGACUGAGUCAAAUCGUGCUGAGUUGAUGAAAUUACCUAUGAUUCCUUCUUCUUCGUCAGCUACCAAAAAGAAUAUUGGGAAAGGAGGAAGACUGUUGUGUUGCGAGGCCUGUCCCGCCUCGUUCCACCCCGAGUGCUUGCACAUGGAGAUGCCAGAGGGGACAUGGCUGUGUGGGGAAUGCAGAGCGGGCAGGAAGCCCCACUAUAAGCAGAUAGUCUGGGUCAAGCUGGGCAAUUACAGGUGGUGGCCAGCUGAGAUAUGCAACCCUCGUCUGGUUCCCUCCAACAUCCAGAGCCUGAAGCAUGACGUUGGCGACUUUCCAGUCUUUUUCUUUGGCUCCCAUGACUAUUACUGGAUAAACCAGGGAAGAGUUUUCCCAUAUGUUGAGAGCGAUAGGAACUUUGCAGAGGGACAAGUUGGCGUCAAUAAGACAUUUAAAAAAGCCCUUGAGGAGGCAGCUAAAAGGUUCCAGGAGCUAAAAGCACAGCGAGAAACUAAGGAGGCCCUCGAACAGGAGCGCAACUCUCGGAGACCUCCACCAUACAAACUUAUCAAGUCCAAUAAGCCAGUUGGGAAGGUGCAGGUGCACGUCGCUGACCUCUCAGAGAUCCCCCGAUGUAACUGUAAACCCACAGAUGAGCGUCCGUGCAGCCAGGACUCUCAGUGCCUGAACCGCAUGCUGCAGUAUGAAUGCCACCCGCAGGUCUGUCCCGCAGGGGACCGCUGUCACAACCAGUGCUUCUCCAAACGCCUCUACCCCGACACUGAGGUCAUUAAGACCAGCGGCAGAGGAUGGGGUCUAAUGACCAAGCAGGACCUCAAAAAGGGUGAUUUUGUCAUGGAGUAUGUCGGCGAACUGAUCGACUCCGAAGAGUGCAAGCAACGAAUAAGACAUGCCAAUGAGAAUCAUGUGACCAACUUUUACAUGCUGACCCUCACAAAGGACCGUGUGAUUGAUGCUGGACCCAAAGGGAACUUGUCACGCUUUAUGAACCACAGCUGCAGUCCUAACUGUGAGACUCAGAAGUGGACUGUGAAUGGAGAUGUGCGGAUAGGGCUCUUUACCCUGUGUGAUAUCGCUGCAGACACUGAGCUGACCUUUAAUUACAACCUGGACUGUCUGGGUAAUGGGAGGACAUCAUGCCACUGUGGGUCCGAGAACUGCAGUGGUUUUCUUGGAGUCAAGCCCAAGAGUGCAGUGGUUAUGGAGAGAGAAGAGAAGGUGCGCAACGCCAAGCUCAAGCCCAAGAAACGCAAGCUGAAGACAGAGAGCAAACAGACCCACGAGUAUUACUGCUACAGCUGUGGAGAGGGAGGAGAGCUGGUCAUGUGCGACAAAAAUGAUUGUCCGAAGGCCUACCAUCUCCUCUGCCUCAACCUGACCAAACCUCCAUACGGGCGAUGGGAAUGCCCCUGGCAUCAGUGCAGCGUAUGUCAGCGCAAUGCCACCUCCUUCUGCCACUUCUGCCCCGCCUCCUUCUGUCGAGCGCAUGAGAGAGGACAGCUGGUAGUGUCUGCCCUCGACAACCAGCCCUGCUGCUCAAACCACGACCCCCAGAGACCCUUAGGGCCUCAGGCUAGCCCUAGCCAGGUCCCCGUAAAGAAGGAAGUCCUAGAACCCGGAGAGGAGGGUGACGGCAACGAGGAGGAAGAGGACGACAACGAAGAGGACGAGGGAGAAUGAUUGGGCCAAAGCACAGAGGAAGCAUUGAAAACCACAUCAAAGUGCAUGAAACUUCAAACUACAACAAACCGUAGAGUAGAUACAUGCAGCUAGGUGGACUUUAUAAACUGGUUUGAUUCAUUCCAAAUCUACAGCAGCUGGUAUGAAUUUUUCCAACAUACGACCUCAUGACAAAUUCAUACAGGCUUAUUUAACAAUGUAAGCUACUCAUUUCUGGUUUUAUAAGCAAAGUUUCACAGCUAAUUCUCACUGUUUUUCAGACGUGCACCAUUUAGGAAAAAACCUCUGUUACAAACAAUGCCUUUCAGCGGCAAAGUUGGUUCUCACAUCUAUGGUACUCAAAAACACUCCAUAAACACUUUAAACCAAGAACUUUAUGUACCUCAUGUAAAUAGCAAAGACUGUUGAAAUAUGCGUCGGGCCUCACCGGUAGGAUUUCACUACAUUUCUGAACAUGAACCUGUCGUGGUAAUACCCCCCCCCCCCCCCCCAAAAAAAAACC